ACUGCGCAACAAUGCAUUUGCUGCAAGUGACAACGGUCGGCUGCAUUUUUUUGGUCUUUGUUUUGGUCUCUUGGCUACCACAACUCGGAAGCUCCGCUAAUAUUGAAGGACAAGCCGAUCCGAGUGUACGCUCAACACAUGUAGGCUUAAACGAGUUAAGAGCACGUAAACGUCAAAAUUAUAGACAAGUCGAUUAUGAUUAUGAUGAGGAGGAGAAUGAAGAGGAAGAAGCAGAAGAGGAACUAGAAGCCGCCAUAAAUGAUACAAAAUCCGGUGGAACGGAAGCAGAGGAAGGUGAAAAUAAUGAAAAUGACGAAGAAGAGGAGGAGGAAGAUGAAUAUGAUGAAGAUGAAGGACGUGCGUUGAAAAGAAAAUAUUUAAUAGAGAAAUUUAUGAGAAUAAAACUUUAA